AGGACUCACGUGAGUUACAACAGAGCUGGCACGGUACUAUAGAUCGCUUAGGACAUCCACGGCUCGCAGAGGAGUGUGCGAUCCACAAGAAUGAGUUCUGGACACCCAUCGAGGCCUCAUCAUCCAAAAGAUGAGGACGAAGUCUGGUGUGGCGUCCCGGCCACAUGGGGAAGGGUUCUUCUUGGAGUUGCAGCUGGAGUGAUUGGCACUCUGCUGGUCCUGAAGUGGUCGGACAAGGAUGCAUCAGCUGAUGACGUCGCCAGGGAUCUGAAGCGCUCUGCUGAGGCCAAGACUCGGGAGAUCAAGGACUCCUGGUCACGCUAAGCCAGCCAGCCAGCAGUGGAACAGAUGUCCAAGCAAGAUCCAGGACAAAUUGCUCAUGGAUAACAAACCUCUCCUAGCCAUCUGGGCAUGAGGCUGCAUGCGCUGCCACUGUGGCAAGGGACAGGCGGCUCAAAGUUUGCAGCAGUCCUCCAUCUUUGCGGAAACGCAUCUAUGUGCUUGUCUGAAUGUAUAGAAUGAUGCACACAUGUGCCGCUGUCAAAGUGGGAAUCUGUGCUCCUAGCAGACGUUGGUUACUUGUGCAUGGUCACAGCAGAGAACAGCACUGGCAGGUGCUUUGCUUUGCAGUUGGUAUCUGGACAGACAUGCAUGUGAUGUAAAUAAUGUGUACAUGUG